AGAGCCUCUUGAAGUGUUCUUCCUCUAUUCUCCUCUUCACUCCUCUUACCUUGAGUUUUCAACCUUUUUCUUUUUCUUAGACAACCCAUUAAGCUAGAAAAAAAUGGAGGGAAAAGGAUGCCUUGGCAAUUUUUUUCAGAGGUGCAAGCCUUACAUAGCAAUGAUCUCUCUGCAGUUCGGCUAUGCCGGCAUGAACAUCAUCACCAAAGUUUCCCUCAACCGUGGAAUGAGUCACUAUGUGUUAGUUGUCUAUAGGCAUGCUUUUGCUACUGCAGUUAUAGCUCCCUUUGCUCUUGUCCUCGAAAGGAAAGUUAGGCCAAAGAUUACCCUUCCAAUUUUCCUGCAACUUUUUGUCUUGGGUCUCCUCGGGCCUGUGAUUGAUCAAAACUUUUACUACGCCGGUCUUAAAUUCACAUCACCCACUUUCUCCUGUGCCAUGAGCAACAUGCUCCCAGCUAUGACAUUUGUCAUGGCGGUUCUUUGCAGGAUGGAGAAGUUAGACAUGAAGAAGUUUAGAUGCCAAGCAAAGGUGGUGGGAACCGUGGUGACUGUGGCAGGGGCCAUGUUGAUGACAUUAUAUAAGGGUCCUAUUGUGGAGAUGGUGUGGUCCAAGUACGUCCACCCUCACAAUACCAACGCAGCUGAAAACAGUGGAAGCAGUGACAAGGACUGGGUUAAGGGUUCAAUUCUCCUGAUCAUUGCUACUUUUGCCUGGGCAUCUUUCUUCAUCCUACAGGCAAUAACAAUGAGGAGAUACCAAGCUCACCUCUCACUCACAUCGAUUGUAUGCUUUCUGGGCACACUACAAUCCAUUGCUGUUACAUUUGUGAUGGAGCACAGACCCUCUGUUUGGACCAUUGGCUGGGAUAUGAACCUUCUUGCUGCUGCCUACGCUGGUAUAGUUUCUUCAAGCAUUGCAUACUAUGUCCAAGGAUUGGUCAUGCAGAAAAGAGGACCCGUCUUUGUGACUGCUUUUAGCCCUCUUAUGAUGAUCAUUGUGGCCAUCAUGGGCUCUUUCAUCCUUGCUGAAAAGAUCUUUCUUGGAGGUGUCAUCGGCGCAGUACUCAUAGUGGCCGGACUUUACUCUGUUCUAUGGGGCAAGUACAAGGAAUUCAAAGAGAAGGAGGCCGAAACCAUCCCAGAAGCUAUAAAGGGUGCAGGAGAAAAUGGUGGAAUGAAGACUGUAAUGGAAGAGACUGAAGAAGACAACGACAUUGAAAUGCAGAAAAGCCAAGCUAAUAAGCUGUCUACACCAGCUGUAGCCGUGCAAUCUGUGGAGGCACCAAAGUCCUAAGCAUAGACAAGGAACCAAGAGAGAAAGAAAAGAGAGAAAAAGAGAGAAAGUAAUAAUAGUGCAAGUUGGCCGUGAUCAACUGAAUAGGGAGGGAAAGCAAGGCAUUUUUGUACUUUCCAACUCACUGCUUCCUCCCUCUUUUUUUUUUUUUUUUUUUUUUCUUGUAAGUUUUAAAUUGUGGUUGUUAUCUUCAUGUAAGCCGAUAUUUUGAAAAUUUUAAUGAAAAGAAAUGAGGAGAAUGCAGAAUCUCUUUUUGUCUUAGAA